UACCCAGUGACGACAGGCAUAGUAAGAAGUACAAGGGUGGGAAGAUUUAGAAAAGUUUUUGGAUUAGUCAUUACUUAUUUGGAAUUGGUCUUAAAAAUUUAAAACAAUGUAAAGUUGGAUAAUUACAGAAAAAAUAAUGAAAAAAGAAUACAGGGCUUAGAUACUAUCAAACAACUGAGAAUACUAUGAUUUGAGGGCAGUGAAUUUGUUUCUAGAAGGCAAAAGUUAUGGACAUUUUGAUGGGGGUCAAGAAAGAAAAGAGGGAAGUAAUACAGUGUCUGCGAUUUUUCAGUAUAAGGACUUGAGCUCACCCUUCAAAAAAGAAGAUCAUCGUAACUGUGCAUAAUGGAUACUGCAGAGGCUAUGCCUGAGGAAGCAAAAUGUCCUACAUUAGAGAUCACCAAGCAAGAUUUUUUUCAAGAAGCAAAAACUCUCAUUGCACAACAUUAUGAGAAAACAAAUGAGAAUAAAAUUCCAGGUCCUUCUAUAAAUGUUUUUAAAAAUAAACACCAAAAACCAAAAUUGGCCAAGUACAUACCUUUGGGAAUUAAAAAAAAGGAAACACUUGAUGUGGUCCAAGAACAUCGGGCAGCACUCAAAAGUAUUUGUUUCCCCAAGGAGCUUUCUAAAGGUGGCCGUUUUGAGGAGCCCUCACGGCGAACUUGUUUCAAGGAGCCACCCCUUUUUAGUACAAAAGAAAAAUAUGAACCUGUAGAGCAAAUUAUAAAAGGGUCCUCUGUGAAGGAAAGGAGUGUAUCAGCCCUACAACAAGUAAAAUUGAGUAAAAUAAUGACUAAUAUUGAAUCUGUGAGUAAAAAUAUGGAGAAAGAAAAGCAAUACCAGCCUGGGGAGUUCAGAAUGUUGGAAUCAUUACAUAUCUUACCUGUCCACCUUGGCUGGCCCAUUCGACCCAUGACCUCUUCUGUGGGAUUACACAAAGAACCUUCAUUAUACGAUUGGAGAGGAGCUAUAAUGAAACGGUCUUCCCAUUUGGCUCAGGAUUCCUAUCGGAUUAGUUUCUCUGGAUCAUCACCACUUGAAUUUCAGGAUUUUUCUAAAACCUUUAUUAAAAAAAAGCAACGUCCUAUCGAGCCAAAACCAGAGCCAAAACCCAGGGUCAAAUCUAUUAUAGAUAAAGACAAUACACUUGACAAUAAAGUUAAAAGAAUUGGACCACACUUAGACAUCUUCCAACUGUUCCAAGAAAGAAAGAAAUUCUUAAUUACCAAAAAAAUAAUUAGAUUGAUCACUUUCAUGCAGGCACAUGUCAGGGGAUUUCUUGAACGCAAAAGAUUACAAAGAAUAAUGACCAAGGUUUUGCAUCAUGGACCUAAUUUGAAAGCAGUUGUGAACAUGUAUUGUAGAACAAUCCACCGUGUUAGACAUCGACUUGGUCUUUGGAGAACAAGACAAAUUAUAAAUUUAUCAGAGCUAGAGGAAUGGAUGGACAGAAAAAAAUUCUAUGAAACAAUGUUUGCUAAGAGAGAAGAUUGGAAAGGAAUAGAAAGAGGUGAGCUCCUUAAGUUCUUCAAUGACUGUGGUCAUUUCCCAACCCAGAAACAAAUUGAUGAUAUCUGUGACCUGGUCCCUCAAGGUGGCCAGGAAAAAUAUCCUGAACUGAUCAAAAAGUUCCAGGCAAUUGAAAUGUUAUUUACACUCUAUCCUCCUCAAGGUGCGCAAGUGCGCAAUAAUACACAACUUAAGUCAACGUGGCUGAGACCUGUAAUAAAUGGGGAAGAAGGAUAUAAAUAUAUAGUGAAUGGACAUCCAUUACUCAAAAGAGCUAACAUCCGGGUUGUUGGGAAGUUGGUGGCCAGAUCCAUGAGAGAAAGGAAAAUGAGACAACAGUAUAACGCAAUAAAAAAUUGAUCAAUGUUUUCAACACAA